AAAAAAAAAGAACAGACGUUCCUUGUCUUCGUCGUUUUUCCCCAAAUGCCAACGAAAGCCCUCGCGGAGAAUUCCCCAAAUCUACAGUGAGAAAGCUUCCAUCUUCGACGAGAAUCUGCUAUCCAAUCCAAACCUCUGCGAUUCGGCGCUGUCGCCGAUGAGAAGCCGCAAUUUUGUGCUGCCGAUUUUGGCGUUAAAUGGUUUAUUUUUACUUCUCUUCAUCUCAUUCUUGUUUCUUUCUCUGCAUUUUAUACCAUUUUCAAGUAUGAUUUUUUAGUGCUCUAUUGCGAAUGUUCCUUAAAAAAUGAAGGAUUAUUGUCGAUCUUACUGUUAUGCAUAUGUAGUUCUUAUAUCUGGAGCUAGGUUUCUCUUCACAUUUAGGGCAGACGAGAAGGAAUUCGGUACGCUCACAGAUCAUUUCAACAAAAAGCAUAGGAGCGAAAUUGGCAAUGAAUCUGAAACAGAAUCAGAAGGAAGCACAGGUAUGAAGCUGUUGAGUUGUGAGAUGGAGACAAGGGAAUGUAUCUUGGUAAUGGUGUAUGUAGUGCUGGCAAGAAUGUUAAUGAGAAAAUAUCUGAAGCUUUAAUUGGUAUGGAUCCAACUCUCCAAGUUCAAAUUGAUCAAGCCAUGAUAGACUUGGACAAGACAAAUAAAAAGUUUCAUGCCAUUUCUAAGACAUGCUAAUUUGUAUUUAAGCUAAACGGGGCUCUCUCUCUCUCUCUUUUUUCCCCCCUAUUUGAUAGGGUGAACUUGGGGCAAAUGCAAUUCUAGCAGUCUCAAUGGCUGCUUGCAGAGCAGGGGUAGCUGAAAAAGAGGUCCCAUUAUACAAACACAUUGCCGAUUUAGCUAGCAAAACAAGUUAUCACCUUCUUGUUCCAGCUUUCACUCUCACAGGUGGCGGAAACCAUGCUGGGAACAAUCUUGCCAUUCAGGAAAUCAUGAUCCUUCGUGUUGGGGCAAAAAAGUUUGAGAAGGCAUUGCAGAUAGGAGCUGAGACAUAUCAUCAUCUAAAGGUCGAGUUGAGGUUGGGGGAGUGCAUUAUGAGGCUGGAGAAGCAGUUGGCCGAGGAGAGGGUUGCUCGGUUGGAGAUAGAGUUGAAGACAUGUUAAAGAUUCUUCAUGCUUGUUUUAAAUUUUUGUACACACAAGAGUGGUGGAGGAGUUGUGUUUCAUAAAUUCUUAAAUUUUGUUGUUUUGCAACGAACUCGGAUGGAAAAUAUUCAUGAAUUUAGCAAUAUUUAUAUGAUUACAAUUAAUCUUUA